UUCGUAUUGGUAUUGUUUUUCUGAGCGCGAUAGUGCUGGCCGGAGUUUCAGUAGCCAGCGUUGGCUGAUGGACCACGGGCGCCGCUACACUCCUCUCCACAAAUGAUCGAUGCGUUGGCAGUGCGAUUCGCGUGCAUUUAGUCGACAUUUUGACGGUCGAGUGACAAGGUGCGCCGCGACGCAGAAAUUCAAUCCGCUAUCCGAUCCGAUACCCGUCGCGAGACCCAACCAACACCUGACCUGACUGUUUUGCCAGGAUAAGUGGCAAUAAGGAAACAAGUGUAUCUGUAUCUAAAACUCAAGCGAAGAAAGUGAAGUUUUGAAGUGCUAAUCGUAAAGGGAUUGCACCAGAGCUUACCAAGUGGAUAUCCAGAAGAGCAAGAGCACUCUCUCCAGUGCUCACAAGAAGAUUUUCACUGUUCUUCGGUUCGGUUCUGGCCACAACCUGGAGAGCGGAGAGUGAACAGCAGAGAGCAGCGAUUUCGUGGAAGCCGUAAAACCUCUUCGGAGAGUGGGCCGCCGUCUGAGGAGACAGCAUCAGCAUCUGUAUCCCCAGCAUCGGGCAGCAAUCCUAAUAGCUGCGCCAGCGACCACGACGACAUCCAUCAAAGCGCUUUUAUGGCGUUCUUGCUUGAAAUUUGAUUAAAAUUCAGCGAUUAACUAAACAACAUCCAGCAGCAGCAGCAACAGCAGCAGCAGCAGCAGCAGCAGAGGAACUUAACCAAAAUACUUGACGGCAGCGACGAAUCAAUCUUGGAUUGAAUUGUUGAUCACAUUUCUGUUUGGGUGACGCCGAAGAGAACGCCGGGAAUCGAUUUCUUCAGCCUUUCAAUCAUGCCACAUACAGGUCAAGCUGGUGUCAAUCAAUUGGGCGGCGUCUUUGUCAAUGGACGUCCCCUGCCGGACUGCGUCCGCCGCCGGAUCGUGGAUCUGGCCCUGUGCGGAGUCCGUCCCUGUGAUAUCUCCCGCCAGCUGCUGGUCUCUCAUGGUUGCGUCUCCAAAAUACUGACACGAUUCUACGAGACGGGCUCCAUACGACCGGGUUCCAUUGGUGGCAGCAAGACCAAGCAAGUGGCCACGCCCACUGUCGUAAAGAAAAUCAUCCGGUUGAAGGAGGAGAACAGCGGCAUGUUCGCGUGGGAGAUCCGGGAGCAGCUGCAGCAGCAGCGCGUCUGCGAUCCCAGCUCCGUGCCGUCCAUCAGCUCCAUCAACCGCAUCCUGCGCAACAGCGGCCUCUGGACGGACGAGAUGACCUCCAGCCAGCAGAAUGCGGCGGCUGCCGCUGCAGCGGCGGCGGCCCAUCAGGCGGCAGGCGGAGGCCCAGGCGGACCAGGAGCUGGCUAUGCCACGCCCGCGCAAUUGUACGGGGGACCCAACAACAACAACAGCCACUCGCCCAAGACCCAGACACCGUCGGGAACCAAUGCCCCGCCCUCGGCCACGGCCACGCCCAACGGCGGUCGCUACGCGAAGCCCCCAGCGAUGAUGAUGACAUCCGCCGGAGGGGAGCUGCCGCUCAAGCCCGCUCCCAAGCUGCCACCCAGUCAUGGGCAUUCCCAUGGACUUGGACAUGGACAUGGACAUGGACAUGGACACGGACAUGGACAUGGACAUGGACAUGGACAUGGACAUGGACAUGGACAUGGACACGGACAUGGACAAAGUAUGAGUGCGAGCGUGUCUGGUGGCGGAGUGUCCGUGUCCAGCCAGCUGGGGGGCCUGGAUCUCAGCUACUCGGCUCUGCACAAGCACUGGCUGUGGAAUCCCUCGCUGCUGUACUACACGCAGGCGCACAUUCAGGCCCAGGCGGCCGCCACGGGGGCCCAGUUCCUGCCCUACGGCGGCGGCUACCUGCCACACGGCAUGGCUGCGGCUGCAGCAGCAGCAGCGGCUGUCGGAGGCGGAGCGUCCAAUGGCGGGGGAUUCACCAAGUCGGAAAGCUCCAUCGACCUGUCGACGCCUGGGGCCACCGGCGACGCCCUCAGCGACUGUGAUUCGGGCAAGUCCUCGCCGGCCGCCCUCUCUCUGAGCGCGGCCCGGGGACAGCUGCUAGGCCACAGCCACAGCCGAAAAAGGAACCCCUACUCCAUUGAGGAGCUGCUGAAGAAGCCGGAGAAGCGGCUGCGCCUCAGCAGCGAGUCGCAGGCGAGUCUCCUCGAGGGGAAGCGGCGGAGCGAGCACCUGGAGUGCCUCUCGUCCAGCUCGUGCGAGAGCAGCCAAGACGGCUCCUCCGAGGAUGUGUUAGUGCAGACGAGUCCUUGCACCCCCAUCCCCCUGCCCGUGGACACGGAAGUGGUGCCCGUCGACGAGGAAGACGACCAACAGCAGGAGGAGGAGGAGGAGGACUGCAGCGUGGAGGUCGUCAACUAAGUGCAGGAGGAGGAGAAGGAGAAGGAGGAGCAUCUCUCAAUGACCCAGUUUUAGCCCUGUAUAUAGAUAGUAUUAGUAGUACUAGCUUUGCCCAGUAUCCCCCCGGCCCCCUCAGUGUCUGUAAUUCUAUAUAAAUAUCUUAUUUAAAUAAAAACGUAUCUGUAUCUGUA